GUACAACUCGGCCGUUUCCGGGCGGGUGACCCGACCCACUCCCUUCAUCGUCCCCAACCAAAAACCUACUCUCUGCUGUUUUCUUUUUCGUACCCCGUUAGCCAAACUGCCAUAACAAACCCUCGUUCUCUACCUCUCUCUUCAGAACUUUCCCCCCCUUGGUAGAGGAGGCACAAGGAGCACUCUCACAGCACUCAAAAAUGGCGGACGUAGUGCAGUACAGGCUGGAGCGCAUGUUGAACGAGCUGGACGACCUGGAGCGGAGAGGCCUCUUCACCCGCCUUGAAAUCGCUGAGAUCGUGAAGCAGAGACGGAAGUUCGAGUACCGGCUCAAGAGGCCGAGCCCUCUCAAGCAGGACUUCUUGGCCUACAUCAACUAUGAGAAGCAGCUCGACGCGCUGCGUCUUCUCCGAAAGAAGGCGAUGGCCCGCGAGCUCAAGAAGAAAGGCAACAAGAAGAUGAAGAAGUCUUUGUCGGAUUUCGCGGGCGUUUCGAGGAUAAUCGAGAUUUAUCGGUUGGCGGUUAUGCGGUUUAAGGGCGAUGUCGAUCUCUGGUUUCAAUAUCUUGAGUUUUGCAGAGAACGCAGGAAUGGGAGGAUGAGGAAGGCCUUGGCUCAGCUGAUUAGGUUUCACCCAAAGGUACCAGGAGUGUGGAUAUAUGCUGCAGCAUGGGAAUUUGACUGUAAUUUAAAUGUCACAGCUGCUCGAGCUCUUAUGCAGAGUGGUUUGAGAGUGUGCCAAACUUCAGAGGAUCUUUGGGUGGAGUAUCUACGGAUGGAACUUACAUACAUCAAUAAGUUAAAAGCCCGCAAGGUUGCUCUUGGAGAAGAUGAAGGAACACUGACUCGAGAUCAUGCAGACACAAAUGAAAAACAAUGGAGAGAAGAAAAUAAAGAUCUAUUUAUGUCCCUUGAUGAAAGAGAGAGUGAUGAUUUAUCAAAUGUCCAAAAUGAGGAGUCAAAAAUGAAAUUAGAUGUGUUUCAAGAGCAAAGCUUGAGCAUUCUUCGAACUAUAUACAGUGGUGCAGUUGAAGCUCUUCCUUCUAGUUUGGGGCUUAGAAAGAGAUUUUUUGAGAUUGUUAAAGCCAUAAACUUGGGGCAUUCAGAAGAAAUGCAGAAGGAGAUACUGGAUGACAUGAAGAAAGAUUUUGCAGUGGAACCAGAGUAUUGGGACUGGCUUGCAAGACUUGAAAUCACUGAUCUUGAAAGUAAACGAGAGAUGGGUACAGACAUCCAGCCUUGUCAGUUACAUAAAGCAGUUCAGGUUUAUGAAGAGGCUUUAAAACAAGUGCCUUCAUCCAUGAUGUUUAACCUUUAUAUAAAUUUUUUUAUGGAUGUUCUUCCAAAAGGAGAAGCAAAAAGUUCUACGCUAUUAAGUGCCUCCGGUCAUACUGUAGAUUAUAUUUCAUAUCUAUUGGAAGUGUUUGAGAGGGCUGAAGCCAUGGGGUGCCUUACUGAGGAUCUUGCCUGCCAGCAUAUCUCAGUUUGCUUACAAUUAAAAACAGUGGAUGAAGCCAGAAGACUGGCAGAAAAACUAUGCUGUGGCAAACUUUCAAAUGCAGUACAAUUAUGGCUUUUAAGGAUCUCAAUAGAGAUGAAAUGUGUCACAAAGAAAUCUCCUUCCCCAAGUAAAGCUGAUCUGCUAUCCAUCUUUGAACUCCUGAGAAAUGUUUUGAUAGAAGCAUCCAUUUCAGAAGUUGAGAGCUUGUGGCUCAUGGCACUCAAAUUCUUUGCAAGUAAAAAAAUGUAUUUUGAGAAGCUGGUUGAGAUUUCCAUGGCUUCACUGGCUAAACACGGUGGCAGUGAAUGUGGAUUUUCCCUCUCUUCUGCCAUUGUAAAUUUUGUUCUUCAAAAGAAUGGCAUUCAGCAUGCGAGAGAGAUGUAUAAACGAUUUCUUGCAUUACCUCAUCCAGGGCUCGCACUAUACAGAAAUUGCAUUGAGCUGGAAUUGAACCUUGCUUCCAUUGGUGAUAAAGGUUGUCUUGUUAAUGCUCGCAAGUUAUAUGAGUCAGCUCUUACAACUUAUGAUCAAGAUGUGAGCUUGUGGCAAGAUUAUUAUUCAAUGGAGAUUAAGAUGGGAACAUCAGAAACAGCCAGUGCUGUCUGUUGGCGGGCACGCAAGACACUUAAAGAUGCUACUGCAUUUGUUGCUUCUGUAGAUUUGUGAGGGUUAUUUGUACCUACCAAUCACUUCAAUUUUGACUCAAAUCUAAUUUCAUCGUUAUUUUAUAAUGUAUUUGAGAGCUCUGAUAAAGCACUGCAAUAUUAUUUUAUCCAUUUGAUAAGUGCUGUGGCUGUUUGCAUGUGUGAGAGAGAGAGAGAGAGAGAGAGGCGGGGUUUUUUGGUUCUUAAGGAUUUCUUUGAGAGUUGUAUGCAAUUGUAAAUUACUCAGCAUAGCAAAAUUUAGCCUUAAGUUACGAGGAAA